CUGGGAUGGCAGGCUGCCCACCACCUGCCUCUGCCCCUGCCCCGCGCUAAUGAGCGAGUUACACAACAAGGAGCUUUUAUACUUUGUUAAUCGGGUCCAGCAUCCCAGCCCGCCUCUCCACGCACGCUCCCGCUGGCCGGCCGAGCCCCAGCUCCCUCCUUCCUUCUCCUCAGCUGCCUUUUGUAAUGUUUUAAUGGGUUUUUUUGCCUGGGUUGUGCUGACUUAAUUACAAAGCUGCAGUGAGUUGAUGCCUUGUGACGGUCUAAUCCCAACCCGGUGACUCUACAAAGCUUUCGCCCGGCUUUCUCACUGCUCCACUCUGGCUUCACCAUCCCUGCGUCCACCUCGGCCCUGUGCACUGACCUUCUGUGGACAGUUCAGCUUUUCCUCUCCCUGUGUCCUGCAGCUGACAGAGGACAGAGGACAACAUGUCUGCGGUUACGGGCACGUUCCGGAUCGUCUCGGAGGAGGAGCAGGCCCUGCGCACCAAGCUGGAGCGCCUCACCACCAAGGACCAUGGCCCCGUCUUCGGGAAGUGCGAGAAGAUCCCCCCACACACCCUGCAGAAGGCGAAGGAUGAGCUGAACGAGACGGAGGAGCAGAGGGGGGUGGCGGUGAAGGCGCUGCGGGACCUGGUGCAGGAGCAGGCGAGCGGCGACGACGUUUGCAAGGCGGUGGCCGAGAAGGUGCAGGGGAAGGAUGACUCCUUCCUGCUCCGCUUCAUCCGCGCCCGCAAGUUCGAUGUCCACAGGGCCUAUGAGCUGCUGAAAGGCUACGUGAACUUCCGCCAGCAGUACCCUGAGCUCUUUGAGAACCUGAGCCCCGAGGCCGUGCGCAGCACCAUCGAGGCCGGGUAUCCUGGCAUCCUGGCCAGCAGGGACAAGCAUGGGCGGGUGGUGAUGCUUUUCAACAUCGAGAACUGGGAUUAUGAGGAGAUCACCUUCGAUGAGAUCCUUCGUGCCUAUUGUAUUAUCUUGGAGAAGCUGCUGGAAAAUGAAGAGACCCAGAUCAAUGGGUUCUGCAUUGUUGAGAACUUCAAGGGCUUCACCAUGCAGCAGGCAUCAGGGAUCAAACCCUCUGAGCUCAAGAAGAUGGUGGACAUGCUGCAGGACUCCUUCCCAGCACGGUUCAAGGCCGUCCACUUCAUCCACCAGCCUUGGUACUUCACCACCACCUACAACGUGGUCAAACCGUUCCUGAAGAGCAAACUGCUGGAGAGGGUCUUUGUGCACGGGGAGGAGCUGGAGUCCUUCUACCAGGAGAUCGAUGCUGACAUCUUGCCAGCAGACUUUGGUGGCAACCUGCCCAAGUACGACGGCAAAGCAACUGCAGAGAAGCUCUUUGGGCCCCGCAUCGAGUCUGAAGACACAGCUCUCUAAAGCAGGGGCCUGCUCCCCCUGCCCUGUAAAGUAGCAUCAGAGGUGGCCCCCUAACCCCAGCCACCUCCUUUCUGUAGCAUUGGUCGAGUGACUGCUCGUGACGUGACGAGGCGCUCUGGGCGCAUUGCUCCACGCCUGUCCCUCCCCUCCCCACUCCAGGCAGCGGGGCUGCCCGGCAGCUCUGUCCCUCCCGGGCCCUUCCCUUGGGAGCCAGCAGAGAAAGGAGGCCACCAGCCCCCUCCCACAGCACUCCCUGGAGCUGUGGGGGGAGGACAGGAGAGUGUCUGCUCUGGGAAGGGAGGGCUACAGCGAGGGAGAAAUAAAGUGUUUAACAACA